AUGUCAGGCCGGUUUGUGCGCUCUUCAAAGUAUCGCCACGUCUUCGGACGCUCGACGCGAAAGGAACAAUGCUACGAUAACCUUCGCGUGUCGCGUAACGCUUGGGAUACCAACCUACUCAAGGUCAACCCUAAGCACCUUGCUGUCAACUGGGAAGCUGGAGGUGGUGGUGCUUUCGCCGUCAUCCCUCUUGAGGAACGUGGAAAGCUUCCUGAGCGUAUCCCUCUCUUCCGAGGCCACACGGCGGUCGUUCUGGACACCGAUUGGAAUCCCUUCGACGAUGACUUGAUUGCAUCUGGCUCCGACGACGGAAAGAUCUUCCUCUGGCGGGUUCCAGAGAACUUCACUGUUCGUCCGGAUUGCGAAGCAGACGAUAUUAAGGACAUUGCACCCGUUGGAAAGCUCACUGGUCACCCCAAAAAAGUCGGCCACGUGCUCUUCAACCCCGCAGCGGAAAACGUGCUGGCAACGGCCUCGGGAGAUUACACUGUGAAGAUCUGGGAUAUUGAGGCAGGUGCGGCGAAGCUCAGCUUGAACGUCGGUGACAUUGUUCAGUCCCAGUCUUGGAGCGCCAAUGGUUCUCUACUGGUUACAACUUCCCGCGACAAGAAGCUUCGCAUCUGGGAUGUACGUCAGGAACGGCCUGCGCAUGAGACUAACGGCCACUCCGGAGCGAAGAACAGCCGAACGGUCUGGCUGGGUGAGCGCGACCGCAUUGCGACCACCGGUUUCUCUAAGAUGAGUGACCGUCAGCUCGCUCUCUGGGAUAUCCGUGCCGUUCGCGAGCCCAUCAAUGGGUUCAAGACCCUGGAUUCGAUCUCUGGUGUCUGCAUGCCGUUCUGGGACGACGGCACUAGCUGCCUCUAUCUGGCAGGGCGAGGUGACGGAAAUAUCCGCUACUUUGAGCUUGAAAACGACAAGUUCGAGUUCCUGUCCGAGUACAAGUCCGCCGAUCCCCAGCGUGGUAUUGCGUUCAUGCCCAAGCGCGGCGUCAACAUGCACGAGAACGAGGUGACCCGUGUAUUCAAGACGGUCAAUGACAGCUACGUGGAGCCCGUCUCCUUCAUUGUCCCUCGACGAUCGGAGAACUUCCAGGACGAUAUCUACCCGCCUACCUUCGGCUUGACCCCUGCCAUGAGCCCCUCUGAGUGGUUUGGUGGCAAGGAAGCCAUUCCUCCGAAGAUCUCCAUGGCCAGUCUGUUCGAUGGUGAGGGCUUGAAGGAGAUUUCCGGAGUUGAAGAGAAGCCUACCGGCUCCAUGACUGCACCUGCGCCAAAGCCGGCGGAGCCAGAGCCAGUCGCUUCCAAGCCUGCUGCCAAGGCCAGCCCGGAACCUACGCCUGCGCCCUCUCCGGUCGCCCGUCCAGCCCCUUCCAUGAAGGAGCAAGGUGCGUCCAUGGCCGCCAUGGUCUCCAAGUUUGCUGAUGAUGAAGAAGUGGAGGGCCCUGCCGAUGAGGAUUCUUCAUUCGAAGAGGUGUCCAAACCUGUGGAAGCUCCUGCUCGCUCCCCAAUCACUGAGUCUGCUCCUGCCCGCGUCAGCACUCCCCCCCGCACAGUGCCGUCCCAGGAGCCUGAGCCCGAGGUCAAGUCCGAGGUGAAGUCCGAGGUGAAGCCCGAGACGAAGCCCGAGACGAAGCCACAGGAAGUCGUGUCUACGACACCUGUCAACUCCACCUCCUCCAGCGACUCCAAUGUCCCAGCUAGCACUGUGCACAAGGAGAUCGAGGCCAUCAAGGAUCUGAUUGCUCAGCAGACCAAGAUCAUUGCUGACCAGGCUUCUCAAAUGCAGAGACUUGCAUCCGAGGUCGAGGCACUCAAGAGCAAGCUGGAUUAA